CGGCUCGGCACACGGCCUGCGCUGGGGCUCAGGUAGCGGCCAGGUUUUAAUAAGGUGUUUACUGUAGUCUGGCUGAUAUAGCAAACCAGCCCUACCCCAUGGCACCUUUUGAAAGUCUCCAAUCUCCCAACCCUUCCAAUGAGUGUAAAAAAUGGAUCUGGCCAACCACGGACUUAUACUGCUACAGCAGCUAAAUGCUCAGAGGGAGUUUGGUUUCCUGUGUGACUGCACGGUUGCUAUUGGUGAUGUCUACUUCAAGGCACACAAAUCUGUCCUUGCUUCUUUCUCCAACUACUUUAAGAUGUUGUUUGUCCAUCAGACCAGUGAAUGUGUCCGUUUGAAAGCAACUGACAUACAACCAGAUAUCUUCAGCUAUCUCUUGCAUUUGAUGUAUACUGGGAAGAUGGCACCUCAGCUCAUUGACCCAGUUCGAUUAGAACAGGGAAUAAAGUUUCUGCAUGCAUAUCCACUGAUUCAAGAGGCCAGCCUUGCCAGUCAGGGUACCUUUUCUCAUCCAGAUCAAGUUUUUCCAUUAGCCUCUUCUUUAUAUGGCAUUCAAAUUGCAGAUCACCAGACAAGACAUCCCACUAAGGUUACCUCAGCAACUGACAAACUUGGGCGAGAACCAAGGCCACAGCCUUCCAGGAUGAGCCAAGAACCCGUGUCUGAGGGCUCACAGCUCUCACGGUUGGCUUCAAGUCUGCCACAAGUGACCCGGACAAAUAUGACCACUUCUGACCCUUUGCAGUCUUCACUGUCUCCAGAAUUGAUUUCCACUGCUGGUAAUAGUUCUCCUCCAGAGGAGGAAGCCAACAUGGAAGCAUCUUCUUCAGAUGAACAGCCUGCUUCACUCACAAUAGCACAUGUCAAGCCAAGUAUUAUGAAAAGGAAUGGAAGCUUCCCAAAAUACUAUGCCUGCCACCUCUGUGGUCGUCGGUUCAAUCUGCGAAGCAGUUUGCGUGAGCACCUCCAGAUCCACACAGGAGUACCCUUCACAUCAAGCCAGCAGGGAGAAAGUAGCAUUUCCCUGUCUCUUUGUAAUAAUGCAGCUGAAAAAGAUGCCAUGGAAGUGCCUGAAGCGGGAAUGAUUAGUGACAGUGAGCUACAACAGAUAUCAGAUUCCCCAAUAAUUGAUGGACAGCAGCAGGCAGAAACACCACCACCAUCAGACAUUGCGGACAUAGACAACUUGGAGCAGGCAGAUCAAGAAAGAGAAGUUAAAAGACGGAAAUAUGAAUGUUCCAUCUGUGGACGCAAAUUUAUUCAAAAAAGCCACUGGAGGGAGCAUAUGUACAUACAUACUGGCAAACCUUUCAAGUGCAGCACUUGCGACAAAAGCUUCUGCAGGGCCAACCAAGCAGCCAGACAUGUGUGCCUAAAUCAGAGCAUGGACACAUAUACUAUGGUGGACAAACAGACUCUGGAACUCUGUACUUUUGAGGAAGGCAGUCAAAUGGACAACAUGUUAGUACAGACCAACAAGCCCUACAAAUGUAACUUGUGUGACAAAACAUUUUCAACUCCCAAUGAAGUGGUCAAACAUUCGUGCCAAAAUCAAAACUCUGUCUUUUCUCUAGAAGAAGAUAGAUCCAUUCUGCUUGGUAGUGAGGACACAGAAGCUGCAGAGACUGAUAACUCAGUGUUAACCUCCAUCAAAAAGGAGCAGGAAGCAGUGUUGUUAGACUGAAGGUGAAACCUAUCAAUUUUUUAAAGUUAUUCAUUUGUAUCAAACUAAUACUCCCCCUGCAACCAGAACUACGCUGGCAUGGUAAAAAAUUGGAUCUUGCCCCUCCCACAAAUAAAUAAAAGUCCUUUGCCUCAAGCCACAACAUAAUUGAUUUUAAUACAAAGGAAAGUGUGUAAAGGUAAUUAAGCUAACUUUGUCAAUAGUCCUAGUAAACUCAAAUUUAAAUAGAUUUUAAACAGAUUUUAGAUUAUUUAAAUGCAUACUUAGAUGCAAUGAAGUGUGUAAUGAGAAAUAAAAUACCAUUUUGGUAAACAAAGAAUAUAUAUAUAUUUAAUUAUAAUUAUUUUCUCUGGUAACAAGUCUUCCUUUUGAGAAGAAAUAGCAGAUGAUGCAGCGUGCUUUUUAGAGCUACAUGUACAAACUCUGUAAGAUAACUAAAAAAGGCUUAAAACUUUUCACCAUGAACCCAGGAAACUUUGUUUUUAGUCUUUAGUUUUUCCUCAAGUAUUCCCUGGGAUAUGUAUUUCAGGUAUCAUCAUUGACAUUAUGUCCAUUCAAGAAAAUUUAGUUACUUAGUCAACUUUGACUAAAGUAGCAGUAAUAAUAAUGUGAUGGCAAUCUUUUUAUAUGUAUAUAUAGAAAGUGUGUAAGUGUGUGUGUGUGUGUGUUUGGUAUAUACAGGUAAAUUAAUGCACACACCCUAUCUAAAGAAUUGGGCAUCUGCUUUCAAGUUCAACCAAAAAGGUCCAUACAUUUUAGUUAUUUGACAGACUAGCCAUUUUACACAACACUUAUUUUUAAAUUAAAUUUAAACUGCCCCAGGAUGUGUGCAUUUUUAUUAUCGUGUUUGAAUGGAAGCUAAUAUAAUUAGUGCUGUCACCCAAGACAUGGAGCAAACUAGAAAAUAGAGAAAUUGCAUACUAGUGAGCACUGUGCAGUUAUCAGUGCUGCAUUCACAUGUGCUGUAACAAUAGAUCCGAGUCAUUCCUGAUAUGAGAGGAGAGGGGAGACUUGAUCACCUUAUUCACACAAGUAGUCUCAGACUUCAGUGGGUCUAAUUGCAUGAGUUAAGGUGGAAAAGAUUUGGCCCUUUGUUUAAUAUAGUCACCUUCUAGCAGCAGACAGAGGGAAAGGUGGCUAUGGAUCAUGGUUGUUUUAAAAGUGAAGCUGCAGUGCUGGCCAGGGAAUUCUGUUGUUUAAGGGAUUCCCAUCACUUUAGACUCCAAGGCAAGUAUGCAAACGCUGGGAGGGCAAAUACCAUAGCAUUAGCUAUUGCUCAGGAUAGCACUGCAUCUUUGUAUUUAAAAUCAAGUUGCUGAUUUUUAUAUUUAAUUUUUUAUAGAUGCCUGGAUUUUUUGCCAGUAGCCUAAAAACUGACAGCAGUAAGGAAGCCCACUGAUCAGUCAUUGGGCCAAUAGGAAGGCUUAUGUAGGCAGAGUAAGUGCCCUACCAUAAAUGGAGGCGUGGGGGGGCAGGGGGGCGGGGCACAAACCAUAGCUCUGCUCUGUGUAUUUGUUUAAAUUGAGUAUCAUCCUAUUUUGUGUAUAGUUAAGUUCUCAGAUUUGUAAGUUUUUAUACAUCAUUUCAUUGAAUAAAAAUUGAAUUAAAUGGAA